AUGGUUGAUAAGACUGGCUUAUCCUCUAACGUUCUCGAACAGCGCCGUCAGAUGCUCGAGGAAUGGGAGGCGACGGAUGAAAUGAAUUUGCUACAGCAAUUUCGUCGACGUGACCAGAUCCGCCGCUGUAUGGCAAAGCAGACAAGUCGGCUGACCCCCGAUGUUGGUCUAGGAGGAAGUGGUGCUAUGGGAGUUGGUACCAAGCCAAAAACCGAUCUGAAUAUUGGAAUAGAAGUUGCAAGGUCAACUACAGAUAUGAUUCUCACCACAACAGACUCUAAGGGCAGUCCAGUGCAUGAGGUAUUGCCCGGCUUCUCGGCGAUUGGCAUGCAACCGAGCACUUCUACUCGGUCACUUACUUCGUCUCAAGUUGACUCCGAGAGCUGCAUGGACGCGUUGGUUCACAAGCGGCGUGCACGCAACAUCAUUGACGUGUUGCUUGAAAGUAGCCGGACAGUGGAUGAAUCAAACUUGCAGAAACGUAGACAGUCCACAGGGCUGUCAGUAAAGCGGGCUCUCAGUCCUCAUAGCUCCACCUUCUUCACUGGUUAG